GAUCUCUAUAAAACGACGAUGCUGUUCGGUUUCUCAUCGCAAGUGAAUGUCCAUCACAUCUGGUUGAACUUAUCAAGGAGUGUACGCUUCAAUCAUCUCAGGCCAAUUCCAAUCUCCUGACCUCCUUUGUGACUUGAAAAGAACUUGUCAAACUCAAGAUACAAAAACAGCAGUUCGGAUUGAUACUCAAGGAAUCGUAGAUAAUAUGUUUGUGGCAUAUGAUCCGGACGGUGAUGUAGUCCUACUUCUUACGCGGGUAAUAGAGCUGGGAGAUUCGGCAAAGACAAAAGCAGAAUCACGAGACUGCUCGGAGGAGAGCAAUUCGACGGAUGAACCAAGCGCUAGCAGCGAAGAUGUACAUAUGUUAGUCUCAUCCAAGCACCUGUGUCUUGCUUCUCCCGUAUUCAAAGCCAUGCUUCAACACAACAAUUUCAAAGAAGGUCGAGAACUAGCUUCUGCCGGCAAGAUUGAGAUUUCUUUGCCUGACGACGAACCUGAUGCUUUUUCCAUCUUGAUGUGCGUUAUUCAUGGCCGAACAAGGAAUGUUCCUCGUGAAAUCGAUUUAGAUCUCUUGUCGAGAAUUUCCACCCUUGUUGAUAAGUAUCAAUUACAUGAGGUAGUUGAGAUUAUGUCUGAUCGAUGGAUAUCUUUGCUUGAGGCCGAAUUACCGGAAGAAUUUACCGACGAUUUACUUCCAUGGCUUAGUAUAUCUUGGGUAUUUGAAAAGCCAAGUAUAUUUAAAGAAGUUACUCGGAUUGCAGAACGACAAAGUAAUGGUAAGAUUGGUGAAGAUAGAGAUGAUAUUCCAAUACCAAAUCUAGUUCUUGAUACAAUCCAAGAACGGAGAUUGACUGCAAUCACUGACGCCUACUCCACGGUCGAAACGAUACUCAACACGGGCAAACAUCAUUGCACCGCACCCCGCACAGAUUCCUUCGAAUGUAGUGGCAUGGUACUUGGGACGCUCCUCCAGAGCUCUACAAAGCUAGGCAUAUUUCCCGUUCCGGAUCUCACUGACACAGAUCUCACGUUUAACUAUGUCGUCAAUCAAAUCCGCAAAGUGGAAGUGAUUGCUCUUUGCGAUAAAAUAUCUCCAUUCAAAGGGUUUGAGUAUCAUCAUUGGUCUACCCAUGGUAUCAAACAAGCUAUCGAUACUACACUAGCAAAUAUUGAGAAGAGGCUAUCGGGAUUAGAUAUGGAAGAUUUUAAGAAGGGGAAGAGAGUACAGUCAGAGCUCAAGCUAUCAGCGAGGAUGAAAUCGAAUAAUUUGGACAUGACACAGUUGUCGCUUACGCCUUCUUGAUACCAUGAAUUUGAGGUUUUUUCUGGAAGGCGAUUCUACGAGCCAGAAGACUUACUUAAUUAUUCGCCCACUCUUUACCUCA